GGCAUUUAUGUGAAUUUUUUAGGGCAAAAUAUAAAAGAAAACGUAAUUUCCUAUAGCAGCAAUGGGUAUUAUGGGACUAUUGUUGUUUUGUUUGUGUUGAUGGUUGUUCCAGGAGUCGACAGGACAAAAAGGGCAAUUAAUGAUUCCUUACGCAAGAGACAUGGUGUUCGCGGUCUGUCAACUUUUUCUCCACCUAUCGAACUGGCCUCACGAGGAGAAAACCUUGAUGCUUAAUUAAAGCUACUCGAUUUAAGCUGUUUGCUUGAUGUCAAAGGUCGGCUCGUUACCGAUUAUGAACCGGUUUUACCAGGUAUUUGUCUCGCGAGCUGUGACGUGUUGACCGGCUUAUAGGGACAGAUUCCACACGAAUCUGCAAACCCCCCUUCGCGUUCUGUUGGACUAAACGAUCUUCUGCUCAACGUGUGUAAGCGGCGUCACGGCUAAAGUAUGAGCGAGCAAGGAUCUCCUUACGAGUGAUUGCCGUCUCGACGUGAGCAUCCACCCUAAAAGUGGAUGAUCCAUUAUAAUGAAGAUACCGUCCUUCAGAUGUUUUACACUCUUUGUUGUCCUCGUGUGCAGUCACAGCGUUUUGCUGCUGUUCAUACACAGGAAUGUGGCGAGUAGAAAAUGUACCCGACAAUGUAAGAACAGACCAAAACUGCGAAACCUCAUGCAACCAAGAACGUCCUUGGUGCAACAUGCAACACAACCGGCGGCAACUGACCACAGAGUUCAGGUUAGCGAUGAUGAGUUUCACGGCACGCCGUUUCCUGGAUUCAACUUGUCGGCACUCAAGAAGUUCAGAGCGGCGGUUGAGAAGAGAACGAAGCUGCGAGAAUAUCUGUUCGUCACCAAAAACAACACGAAGCUGGGGGAGAAGUUUAAAUGUCUGGAGACGGAUGAGUGGGUCCUGGACCCAGGCUAUGUCCGGAUCACAGACAGGAACUUCUACAAUAGACUGCCACGGGAAUCUCCAGUGAAAGCCAACGUGUCCUUCAGGGCGUGUAGUGUUGUCGGGAACGCCGGCAUACUAAAAAAUUCCUCCUGUGGGAAAGAAAUCGACUCGUCCAGUUUUGUUUUCAGGAGUAACUUUCCACCAAUCGGUGGUCCGUUUGAAGAUGACGUAGGGAUGAGAACACAUUUUCUCACUGCCAACCCUUCUAUAUUUGCCAAAUUCUAUAACAACCUGAAGAAGACCUCACAUAAGAAGCACCUGGCCGAAGAUCUCAAGCGGUACGCCCGGGCGCUGGUUUGGACACAUCCUUUCCAUUUGAAGAGAUAUUCAGAUGUGACCUUACGGGCACAUGAUGCAGCCAAAAUGUCGCAGAACUAUGUCCUGUUCUCCCAUCCAAAAUUCCUGAAGAACCUUACUGCGUUCUGGAAAGAGCAUGGCAUGAAGGCACCAAGGGCGAGUACAGGUCUUGCUCUGGCGACCAUCGCAGUGUCCCUGUGCGACCAGGUGACCCUGUACGGGUUUUGGCCCUACCCUUUCUACCGCCAGAGGGCGCUGUCGUACCACUACUACGACCGGGCCGUGAUCGGGGACCUGCAGUUCCAGAACAAAACGCUAGAGUACCACCUGUUAACGCAGUUUCACCCCUACCACAACUUCACGGAGGAGUUUCUGAUGUUACAGGAGAUGCAGGGCAGUGGUAUACUAAAGGUGCAGGUCGGAGAAUGCCAGGGUACUGGGAGUUCCACAUGAAGUGGAUUAUGAACCUAAAAGGAAAACACUCAAUCAAAAUCUUUGACUGGAUCUGACUACCUCUGAUAGACAAAACGAUAUGGUUGAAAAUGUGAAUGAACUUGUCUGUACCAUGGAGGUUAAAAAAUGGACCUCCUUAUCGAUACAAUGUAAGGAGCCAAGGCCAUAAGUUCCGGAUAUCCACAGUGCAAUAGUUUGCGUAACUCAGGUGGGAUUGCUGAACGCUAGCUUGCCAUGUCGCAUGAGUGUCAUCAGUUUUGUAACGGGAUCAUUGGACUUGCAACCCCGUUUUUUCGGGUACAAAAACGGAUGGCUAGCGGUAAAAAAAACGCCGUUUCCGUGGGUGAGAGCGGCCGGCAGCCGGUCGGGUCGAUACCCGCGGCGCACAUGACGUGACACUGCUGACAGACGACGCCGGGUUGUUGACGACGGCCCAUCUGGCGGGAAAUUGCUCCAACUCAUCGCGCCGAUCGCGGGACUGAAGUGGCGAAGGGCCGGUCGAUGCCUGACAAAUCUGCGUUCUCAAUUUCCUCUCGCCGUACGUCGCUUUCCCCCUAAGCUGGGUAAAGACGCUCCGUAGGCCCCGCAGGUCGGUUUGACGGGAAAACGGAUGGUGCAGGUUUGGCGCUAAUGCAGGGGUGCGCCCAUAUAUCAUCACCGUGGCGUAUUCGUCACUGUCCCUAUCGAUCUGUACAAGUCACAAUUCUCCGUGUGGACAUCGACACUACCUGCUCCUGCAUGGCAUUCAGCAAAAAAUAUUUUUAAAAGCCCAAAAGUGCAAAACUAUUCGCAGUUUUUCAAACUUCUACUGCAAUUUUCAGUGGAUUUUACUGCCACAAUCAAUUUUCAUUAGAUUCACGGGAACAAAUGCUUGACCAGUGAGUGAAAGUCACGAAACAACACGACGACCAACUAUAGUAAAAGUUACGGAGGAACUUUUUGUUGACCUACUACAACACGUAGCGCUCAGAGGAAGCGUCCUCUUGUUUCAGGUUAGACGCAUCAGGCGUUUCACACUGUACAGCUAUGUAGCAGAGCAGUUUGAAUGUGUCAAAAACAUUUAAAACUUAUAAUUUACUAUAAACUACCAUGUUGAUUCCAUCCUGUCACUGCGAGGCCCAGUGUUUUUCAAUCGCCUCACACUAAUAUUCAAUACAAAUUUCUGCAUAUCAUUCUUUUAUUAAGGGGGUAGACAACUAUAAGUAUUCAUUGGGGUUCACAGUGCAUUGGUGAGUCAUGUUAUGUCGUCUUCAUUUUGUCAGUGAACCAAAAGUAUAUUUUACGAAAUAAAAGAAGUAAAUAUUAAGUAUUACAACGCUGUUUACGCAAUCUUGUGUGCUGGGUCGCCCAGGAUGCACUUAGACUGGGGAUAGGUUGUAAUUUAUAUCAUAAUUUUCUUGAGAUGUUGGCGCAUAACUUCGUUUACUUCAUGAU